CAUCCAAGUAGAUAACUACAUCUGACGUCACACAUAAUCCAACACACGAGGCCCGGCAUUCUUCUUUAGCCAUCACCGUCACGCAAAAGAACCGAAAUGCUUUCCAAUCGUCUCCUGGCGGUCCUCGGUCUCUUCGGCCUCGUUGCCGCCUCCCCGCAGAUCCAAGUUGCCCCCUCUAACGCCGCCGACUGCCCACGAACCAUGUGCCUCGACGGCAUCAACCCGGAGUGUAAUCUGCGAUGGGGAGGCUGCUUCGACUUGUGCCAGCCACAGCUGAGGCCGACGAUGCCGCCGUGCAAGUCCACGCUGAGCAGAUCGACCGUCUCCAGGACACCGCUGCCGCUUCUCAUCCCGACGAGGUCUCCUAGGCCUAGCCUGCCGACCCCAAUUCGGAGCCCGUCGACCAAAAAGCCCCUGACCCCGACGAAGCCACCUUCCCUGUCCACCCCGCAACCCACGACAAGUGAGAACUGCAGUUCCCGAACCAUCUGCGUGGACUAUAUUAACGAAUGUGGUCAGAUGUACGGCGGCUGUCACGCUGAUUGCCGCCCCUGGCCGUCGUACGCCCCGCCCCCUUGCAUACCCAGCGUGACUCUUGACCCGUCGACGCUGCCUACAGAAUAUUGAGAGAGAGAAUCGAGAUGCAUUCGUGGCGGGUGUAAAAGGCGGAAUAUGCAUAGCCGAGAGAUAGAGGAUAAGCUGUCAUGAACAUCUAUGAUUAUGUUAAG